UGUGAACUGCAGCUUAUUAUUGCUGAAGUUAAAAGGUUAUCAGCUGAAGAGAAAAAUAAGACAAGAGUAAAAGCACUUGAAGCAGAAAAUGAACAACUAAGAAAAGAAAUUGAAGAAUGGAAAAAUAAAUUAAUUAGAUUAGAAACUGCAAAUGGAAUUAAGCAGGUACCAUUACCUUCAAACAUGAUCAGUAUAUCACAACCUGAUAUUAAACCUAUUAAGAUGAGUCCACCAGCAGAGGAGAUUCCUAAACCAGUGGCAUCCAGUGAAUCAAAUCAGCAGCAUUGUGAUACGGCAAAUAAGAAAAAGAAACCUGUUGAAGGAAAGAAGGCUAAGAGUGGAGGUACUAGUGAGGGAGCCACAUUAGAGGAACCCCCAGUUGAUGUUGGAAGACUAGACUUCAGAGUGGGUCGUAUCAUGUCAGCAAAGAAGCACCCAGAUGCAGAUUCACUAUAUGUGGAAGAGGUUGAUGUUGGGGAAGAAAAGGCACGGACAGUGGUCAGUGGACUCGUAAAAUUCGUACCUGUGGGAGACUUGCAAAACCGUCUUGUUGUUCUGCUCUGCAAUCUGAAACCAGUGAAGAUGCGAGGAAUAACUUCUGAAGCCAUGGUGAUGUGUGCAAGUACUCCUGAGAAAGUUGAAAUUCUACUACCUCCUGCUGGCAGUAUACCAGGGGAUGAAAUACAUGUGGAGGGUUAUCCUCGAGUGCCAGAUCCUGUUCUCAAUCCUAAGAAAAAGAUUUUUGAGACUGUGGCUCCAGACCUGAAAACAAAUUUAGAAAGAGUUGCAACAUACAAAGGAGUUGCAUUCACUGUCCCUGAUAAAGGUGUUGUAACCACACCCAGUCUUGUUGGUGUCAGUAUUAAAUAAUGGUGGUGAUAGAGCUUUCUCUAAGAAAGAUUGAGUAUUAAUUCAUGUGCCUUCAAAAUUAAGUAUCAUGUUUUGUUUGCAGUUGUUCACAGUAUAAUUUGCUGUAAAGCUAAGGAGAGUUCUGAAAUAAAAAUGCAAGUGUAUAAAAUAAAUAGUAUUACCUUUCAUAUUUGA